UUCAAAGGGCAAAAUAUUUUCCUUGAAUAUUGUCCACGUAGAACAGGUGGAAAAAUUUUCCUUUUUCUUUUAAUAAAAUCGCUUCAUCAAACAGUGAUUUAGUUAGAAAUUCAAACAAAACCGUUAGAUGAAAUAGCAUUUGGCAAUAUAUGGAAAAAAAAAAUAUAUCAGGCCACUUGAGAUGGCUGUUUUGGUCAUGUACAAAACGUCCUUGCUACUGCUGCUUUGUUAUUUUACUUCCUCCCUCAUUCGAUUGUUUUUUUUUAAAUACCUUUUCUACACUCCUCAAUUACUUCAUAUUCACAAUUCUUCUCACUCAACUAAAUCAAUCAACUACAUUGUCAUCUUCUUCUUCAUUACUUGUUCAUUGUCAUCCUCAUUUAAGGUAUGAAUAUAAUCCUAAAUUUUUUCAAUUUGCAAUAUAAUUUUUUUGUUCAUAAUUGUUGUCAUUUGAACUUAUAAUAGAUUGAUUGUUUGUAACAUUGUCUUGAUUUCAUGAUUUAAGCUUACAUUUUACACAUUUGUAGUUGAAUUUUAUGAUUUCUUUUGUAUGCAUAUAAAGUGUUCGAUGAAAUGCUACAAUGAAAGUUUACUACUUUGUAGGGUUAGUUUAAUAGAUUUAGUAUAUAUUCAUGAUGUUGUUAGUUUUAUAUUUGAAUUGACCCUUCUAAUAAGUGUUGUAAUACUUUAAUAUUACACAUUCUUGUAUACACAUUUAUACUUCCCUUACUCACAAUCAACAAUAAAGUGUAUGUGAUAUCACAUGAAAAACAUGUUUGUGUGUGCAGAAUAUAAAUCAUUAUCCCGUUAUAGUGUAUUGGGGUGGGGAAGUAAGUUAUACGGGAUCCGAUGUUGUGUAUAAUGGAGGAUUGAAUGCAGUGAUGUUUAUCCAUCGUCAAAAUACUUCUUUUGAGGUGUUUCAUAGCAAAGUCUAUGAUGUAAUUGGUUGUGAUCGCAACUCUUUUAUAUUAAAAAUUGAGAUGAAAUAUCCGGUGACUGGGAAAAAUGUGUUAGUUCUGGUUAGGAAUGAUGAAAGCAUAAGUGCUCUUUAUUAUGCGACGUCCCAAGCCCUUGGAACGAAAAUGGAGGUGUAUGUUGAAUUGGUUCCAAAACUGGGUAAUGCGAGGGAAGCCAUGUGUAGCAUGGAACUUCCAGAAUCAGGUCCUAGUGUACGCCAUGAUACAUUCACAGAAAUGUUAACAAAUCCAUAUUACGUUAAUGAGCAUUUAGAUGAGUUUACUUCUCCAACUCAUUCAUGUGCCAUUGGUUGUGGUGUAAUGAACACUUUCUCCACUACUUACUUGGGUAGGCGUAAUAACAACGAAGUUGACUCUUUAGAUAAGGAGGAUAAGCAUAUUGAUUCUGAUCCAGAGGAUAUGAUGAAAAAAGAGAAGCUUUUGAUGCAGUGAUUAGAGAUGGUGCUCCAUCUCAAGACUUUCUUAGAAUUGAUGAGGUUGAUCAAAGAUUGAUUGAUGAAUGGAUGACCUGGAAUAAUGACAACUCCAUGACUGAAAAUGGUGACUUUAAGAUAGGCCAAGAGUUUAACUCGUUAGACCACUUAAAGAAGAAUGUUAAAGCAUGGACAAUAUCUAACAAUAGGAACUUUCGUGUAAUUGAGUCGGAGGCUUUAAAAUAUGUUAUACAAUGUACUAAUGCGGAGGAGAAAGGUUGUGAAUGUAGGAUGCGAGCUAUCAUGACCGCCACUAGAUCAUUUAAGAUUGUGCAAUUUAAGGGUCAUAAACAAGAUUGCUCAGGACAUUACAGUUGAUGACCAUCCCCUCCUUACUUCUGAUUUUGUUGCUGAUCUCAUCGUGGAUAUGAUAAGAAUUGAUCCAGCUUUCAAGGUGAAGUCAAUUGUUAAUUUUUUUAACACUAAAUACGGAUUCAUUAUAACAUACAAGAGAGCUUGGUUGGCCAAAAAUAAGGCUAUAACCAAAGUCUUUGGGGAUUGGGAUAAGUCUUUUGAGGAGCUUCCAAGGUACAUGCAGGUGUUAAUGCAAUCUAAUGGAGGAACAUUGGUGCAUUGGAAAGUCCAACCAAUAAUGGAUCCUACUAGAGUUAUUUUUUAGAGAAUUUUUUGGGUUUUCAGACUAUCAAUUAAGGAUUUUCCCUACUGUCGACCCCUUAUCUCCAUAGAUGGGACACAUUUGUACGGAAAGUACAAAUGCAUACUUAUGAUUGCUAUGGCGAUAGAUGCAAGCUCUCAGUUUUUCCCACUUGCCUUUGCCAUUGUUGAGGGAGAAAGCGACGACACAUGGAGUUGGUUUUUAAAUUGUAUAAGGCAAUAUGUCACCAAAAGGGAUGGCUUAUGUGUCAUAUCUGAUCAUCACAAAGGAAUCUUGCAUGCAAUGAACAAAGUUGGAAAAGGGUGGGAAGAGUCAUAUGCAUUCCAUCGGUUUUGUAAACGACAUCUUGCUUCAAAUGUGCAUAAGAAGUUCAAGAACAUAGCAGUAAAAAGGUGGAAAAUGUUACAUGUUUGACCUCACAGCUACAUCAUGCUCUUGUUAGAAACCAACCAUGUUCGAGUUACCAUGCUCACAUGUUCUUGCAGUAUGUCGAGCUCGUAACAUUUCAUAUGAUGCUUUCUGGACCCUUCGUUUUGUACUACAGAAUACGUAUCCACAUACAAGAACACCUUUAUGCCUGUUCUAGACAUGUUCAAUUGUGCUCCUUGGAAUGGUCCGAUAGUUGUUCCAGAUCCAUCAACUAAGCGUGGAAGGGACGUCUGCGAACAAUUCGCAUAAGGAACAAAAUGGAUGCACCGGUGACGCAUCCUCGGAAUACAUAUGGCAUUUGUGGAUUUAGAGGUCAUAAUAAGAAAACAUGUCCUCGUAGGGAUAGUCAAAGCUCAACUAGGUAUGUUUUUUUACUUGUAUGCUAGUUUGUCAUUAUGUUGAGUCUGAUAAUAAUGUAUAUAUGUAACAGUAAUAAUGACGAUUUCGGGCCCAUUUGAUCCAUUAGUACUUAAGCUUUAGGCGACCCAUCGAAGCUUAGGUGCGUGGGAGGGCUCCGCUUCCCAGUUGGUAACUCGUCAGCACUAGCAGGCGAGUAUGUUACAUUGGCAGGUGGAUGACAGAGUUUUAGAGGUAGUGGAAUUAGCUGGUUUUAGUUAAAUUCACAAGUUGUUAGGUGGGGGUUUGAUGCUCGAUCGAGCUCUUAUCACUGCAUUAGUGGAGAGGUGGAGACCGGAGACUCAUACAUUCCACCUUACGAUUGGCGAGGCAACAACUACGUUACAAGAUGUUGCAGUUAUACUAGGACUGCCGAUUGAAGGAGAAGCAGUGAUUAGUCAUGGAGAGGGACAUUAGCCGGCCUUAUUUCUUGAGCUGUUGGGGGUUUUGCCAGAAAAUUCUCAAGAUCCCACGAAGACGAAGAUCAUCACUGGAUCCUCGUUGAAGUUGACUUGGCUCAGAGAUCAUUUCAGCGUGCUAGAACACGAUGCGAAUGAUAUUACAGUCGAGAGGCAUGCCCGCGCGUACAUUUUGUACAUGUUUGGAUGCAUCUUGUUUCCAAAUAAGAGCAAUGACUCAGUCCAGUUGAUCUAUCUCCCUCUCCUAGGAGACUUAGAGCGGGUAGCCGAGUAUAGUUGGGGAAGUGCUACCCUUGCGUAUCUGUAUCAUAAUUUAUGUCGAGCAUCACGUAAGGGUGCCAAGGACAUUGGAGGUUGCUUGUUGUUGUUAUAGAUAUGGUCGUGGGAGCAUAUUCGUAUAGGGAAGCUUAUCAUUUGGAUGAUUCGAUCCCCUGGGCAACAUGCUCAGGACGAUAUCGUAGAGGAUUCUAAACUGGUCUUGGGUUCACAACAUCGACGUGGGAGAGAUCCUUUAGCAGUGAGCUGGCUUCGCGUAUAUCUUUCGAGGUUCCAUUCCCUACAUACUCUAGCCUACUACCGAGACGCACUUGAUCGACAAAGGAACGACCAGAUGACAUGGCAGUCUUAUACAACGGCUAAGAUGGAGGCUUUGCCAGACAUAUGUAGAUCGGGCCAUGGGAUUUGGAGAUCGCGUUGUCCACUAAUUUGCUUUGACAUCGUCGAAUUACAUCUUCCGGAUCGUGUAAUGCGUCAAUUCGUUUUGGAGCAGGUUAUUCCGGAUGCCUGUGACACCCAAACUGCACUACAUGCGAUUGAUAGGAGGAUUGGGGACAAGAACUACAACUUACGACAUAGAUCGAAAGUAGAUGCGUGGAAUGACCGAGCAUCUCGAUUGGUUCAGGGAGCGAACUACACCGGUCAGAGCUCUGGUGCGUACAUGUAUUGGUACAAGCAUAUUUCCAUACUACGCCUCACGAACACCACAUUUGCAUAGCCAAGAUCACAUUACCAUACUACAUCUACAUACCAUCCUACAUUUACGUUAUUGGUGCGUCUUCUUUCAACAAUCACAAAAUAUAGUAAUACUUUUAUGUGAUUCUUUUAACAUUUUAAUGUUUAUAUAUAGGCUGAGUGCAUUAGACCGGUUUUUAUACAAUGUAAUGACACGAUGCACGAGGCCACUACAUUGCCCGUUGAUGUGGGGUAUCGGCUAUGUUCUCAGACUCUUGGCUCCAUUAACACGUCAUUGACCGAUGUAUUGUGUCAGGCGGAGUAUGAUUACCUCAUUCCGAGUCCACCCAUCAUUGAUGAGGUUGAUCAGACGUUCCACACUUCUUCUCCUCGGGGUUCGGGCCACCGAGGUAGCUCUUUUGGAGGAUCAAGUAGUCGGUCCACAAGAGGUCUCGAGCGUUCAUCUACUCGAGGUCGGUCUUCCAGAUCUCUAUCAACAUUCGGUUGCUAUGUCGCCAUUUGUUCCUCUAGCUUUCAUGACCACUCCUCCACAUCCAUCGCCUCCGCUCCGCAUAAGAACGUUACAUAUCAGCGUGCUAGUCAAAGACGAGCUUCUGCUCUUAAUGUCUUUGAAGAUGUUGACGAAUCUACACCAUCCUCAUCCACCGAUGCGCACAGCAAAAGGGGCCGGGGAUUGUAGUUUAAGACACUUUAUAUCACUUUAUAUGGCUUGAACUUCUUGUAUCACUUUCGAUAAUUGUAAUAUAUGUCCGCAUUAUUUUCAUAAUUAAUGUUUACAAAUCAAGCUGGUUCUUAGUUGAUUAUCAUGGAAUAG